GAGGCGUUUUACUGCCGUCUCGAGCUCAAAUUAUUACUGUAAAGAAGAUUUUUAUUUUUUUCUAUUUCAUUAACCGACUAUUGUAAAGCUGUAAGGCUGAAAUGAAGGAAAAGAAGCAUUUUACAUUGGAGAUUAAUGAAAGCAUGCCUGUUCGCUUUUGAGGGUGGGAAGUGGGUGGUGGUUAUUGAAAAUCUUGUACCACCUUCACAAGACUAAACUUUGGAAUGGUAAAAUGAGAAAAUGCAUCAUUCUAGAGACAUCUUUAAGCACUCAGGUGUCAGGCUACGUGAUGUUUGUGAUACCAUCGGACUUUUUGGACGGGUCUAACCUGCAAAUUCAAAGGUCAGCAGGGGAAAUCAUUAAAGAAGAAUUCUGAAGGGAGCUUCCCACGCUUUGGACGAUCCUAAAAGAGAAAGGAAGAUGGUGUUCCGGGAAGGCGAGGGUUCCGGGAAGCCGAGGAGGGGGCGGGCGAUCGGGGCUCCGGGGCUGCUCCGUGCGCGGCCCUAGGGGAAGAGGACGGGCCUGAGGUCUCCACCGAGCCUUUCCAAGCCCCGGUUUCAAAUGCGGAGAGGGAAAAGUUCAGAAGCAGCCACAGGGGACAAAAGCCUGAUUCGGCCAGUUACUCUGGCCAGGGCAUCCAACCGACCCAACCAGCUCUGGAGACAGAAAGGGGUUCCUGCUGGCUCCGAGAAGGCCGAAGCAGCCCUCGCCGCCGCCCUCGCCACCGCGCCGCCGCCGCCGCUGCCCCUGCGUUACUGGGGGAGACUGUGCCGCUGCGACAGGGGAGGACGCGGCUGGAGCUCAAGGAGGCUCCAGCGCGCAGGCGCCGCCGAGCCCUGCCUUGGAUGCUCAGUCAAGGCACUAAGGAAAAAAAAAAUCAGCAAUUUAUAGAAAGAAGAAGCUGUAGUCUGUCGGGAUAUCCAACGCCAACAGCACAUUCAGACAAUGCAUCUUCAGCAAGGCUUAUUGAGAGCUCCGUUUCUGGAAAGCCUUGCAAGACUGAGGAAUACCAGACUGCGAAUCAUCGGGAACCCUUCCCUUGCAGCACAGAAGCGAUCUCUCUCCAUCUUCGCGGGUUCUUUGGAUCCGUAUGAACAGAGAAGCUGUCUGUAAAGCACUGACAAUACUAACAGACCUCACAUGAAUAUAUUUGGAUGGCAAAUCAAAUGGAAGAAAAGAGGAAGCAUGACUGCAGAUCAAAUCAGUUCUCUUUGUGGAUUACAUUUUCAGUAAAAUGUAUGGAUCUAUCUUUUCCUUGUUCUUAUAUCUAGAUCAUGAGACUUAACUGAGGCUGUAUCCUUAUCCUCCAUCCAUCUAUGGCGAACUAUAGCCAUGCAGCUGACAACAUUUUGCAAAAUCUUUCGCCUCUAACAGCCUUUCUGAAACUGACUUCCUUGGGUUUCAUAAUAGGAGUCAGCGUGGUGGGCAACCUUCUGAUCUCCAUUUUGCUAGUGAAAGAUAAGACCUUGCAUAGAGCACCUUACUACUUCCUGCUGGAUCUUUGCUGUUCAGAUAUCCUCAGAUCUGCAAUUUGUUUUCCAUUUGUAUUCAACUCUGUCAAAAAUGGCUCUACUUGGACUUAUGGGACUCUGACUUGCAAAGUGAUUGCCUUUCUGGGGGUUUUGUCCUGUUUCCACACUGCUUUCAUGCUCUUCUGCAUCAGUGUCACCAGAUACUUAGCUAUCGCCCAUCACCGCUUCUAUACAAAGAGACUGACCUUUUGGACGUGUCUGGCUGUGAUCUGCAUGGUGUGGACUCUGUCUGUGGCCAUGGCUUUCCCCCCGGUUUUAGAUGUGGGCACUUACUCAUUCAUUAGGGAGGAGGAUCAGUGCACCUUCCAACACCGCUCCUUCAGGGCUAAUGAUUCCUUAGGAUUUAUGCUGCUCCUUGCUCUCAUCCUCCUAGCCACACAGCUUGUCUACCUCAAGCUGAUAUUUUUUGUCCAUGAUCGAAGGAAAAUGAAGCCAGUCCAGUUUGUAGCAGCAGUCAGCCAGAACUGGACUUUUCAUGGCCCUGGAGCCAGUGGCCAGGCAGCUGCCAAUUGGUUAGCAGGAUUUGGAAGGGGUCCCACACCACCCACCUUGCUGGGCAUCAGGCAAAAUGCAAACACCACAGGCAGAAGAAGGCUGUUGGUCUUAGAUGAGUUCAAAAUGGAGAAAAGAAUCAGCAGAAUGUUCUAUAUAAUGACUUUUCUCUUUCUAACCUUAUGGGGCCCCUACCUGGUGGCCUGUUACUGGAGAGUUUUUGCAAGAGGGCCUGUAGUACCAGGGGGAUUUCUAACGGCCGCUGUCUGGAUGAGUUUUGCCCAAGCAGGAAUCAAUCCUUUUGUCUGCAUUUUCUCCAACAGGGAGCUGAGGCGCUGUUUCAGCACAACCCUUCUUUACUGCAGAAAAUCCAGGUUACCAAGGGAACCUUACUGUGUUAUAUGAGGGAGCAUCUGUAAAUCUUUAGCCUUGUGAAACACUAACCUUCUCUGCUAAGCAAUUGUGGCCUGUAGCCAUAUUUUGAGAAGAAAUUCAAGAAUGGGAUCAGCAGUUAUAAGGAUUUGGGCAACAUUCUGCAGUCUUUGCAAUAGUUCACCUAUAAUCCUAUUUUAAAUCUCAGAGUGAUCCUGCUGACUGCCGGCGAAGGUUUGUAAUUAAGAAAGGACUGAACCACUGCCCUAAGUUUCUUUCUGUGGUUGAAAACUAGAUACCGAAAGUAGCGGGUGCUAAGUAUCAGUGCUAAAUGCUGUGUAUAUCACUACUUAUGAAAAAACAUCAAAAAAAUUAGCAUUGGACAUCUUAAUAAAUUAAGUUGCCAUGAGGUAAAUGUGUUGAUAAAAACUAAUUUUAGAAGUUUGAAGACUUUAAAACAUUUCAUACUAUUUUUGUUUUGCAAAGACUAAACUAUUUGGGGACUUAAAAGUACUGUAAUCCACUAAAGACGUGCCAUGAAUUAUUGGAAUAUCACUUUAAAAAUCGCCUUGUAAGUUUGGGGGAGCAUUCCAAAGCAGUAUAUAUUGGUUCCAAUUAGAGUUUACUUUUUUGUAUCAAUACAUUGCUAUUUCUAAAUACCACUUUUCCUUAACUACCAGUGAAAUUGCUAGCAUUGAACUGUAUUCUGUGGUUUUGUUGAUUCAGUAUAAAGGUUUUCCAAUUCAUUUAUAUUUUACAAAUGCUAGAUAUUGGUCUGGGAGGCAACAUUAAUGGUACCAGCUGGUCACAACUGAGCAGUUCUAAUAAUGCAGAAUAAACACAUGUUGCCUUAAAGGGUUAUCUAGUAUCCUUCAUCUUAUUUAGCAUUGGAGCAAAUAGUCAAGGGACAUCAAAUCAGUCAUGGUCAUUCAUCUGGAAGUGCAUGGAAGAUCAUUUAGUACUCUUUUUCCUUUUUCUUCACAUGAUUUGAAAAUUAAGGUGCACAUCACUGGAAUAAGGAGAUUUUCUUCUGAGAUGUGCUGCCCAUCCUAGUGUUCUGAGAAGCUGGCAGCUGAAGUAUGUUUAUAUUUUAGUCAGCUGUCAAGAGGAGACCACAGCCUUAGUAUGACAUCCUGCACAAUUUGUGAAGCGUUUAUUCUAUGGAAGGCACAGUCUUGUUUAUAUUUUCUGCACAUUUAGUGUAUUGGUCGUUUAAAUUAUUUGAGUUUUAACUUGUGAAAGCUUAUAAUAUGAUUUCAGGUAUUUUAGAAAUACAUUAGAUUCUGUGAGUCUCAUUCUUUAAGAUACAGAUGUGUGAACUUCAAUAUAAAGUUGCAUUUGCCAAAA